CUUACAGCUCAGGUUGAGGAGUAUCUUAAAGAAGUCAACAAGGGCAAUGAUGACGGAGCCAUCCUCCUGGAUGAUGCCGACAUCUCCCUGGGCGACUUCACCUUUUCUGCUGACAACGUCAGCCAAGAUGCCAACACCUCAAGCAGCGCAUCAGAUCCAACCGUGUCCUUUGAAAUGCCCAACUUCACCAGCCAAGAAGGUAGUACCUUCAUGAACAACCAGCUCAUGGGACUUGGCAUGUCCGAGGCUCUGCCUCCCUUUGAGAUGAUUGAAGAACUGCACAAUGUCUACUUUCUCACCCACUACCACUUUCUCCCUAUUAUCCACUCUGGCCGCUACUAUCAGGCCUUCUAUGGACCACCGACGAGGAAACCGCCGAUGUGUUUGCAGUAUGGAAUUUGGGCAUUGUCUGCGAGUGGCCACCCCAAGUAUGACCAGUAUGCCGAAGCUUUCUACAAAAGAGCACGGCAGUACAUGGAAGCAGACGAGAUGAAAAGCGAUGGCGAGCAUUUCGUCACCGUAGCUCACGCCCAAGCGUGGGCCAUCAUUGCCAGCUACGAGGCGAAAGCCAUGUUAUUCACCCGUGCAUCUAUGAGUGCUUCUCGCUAUUGUCGCCUUGUCCAAAUGCUGGGAUUGGACAGACUCGACAGGGAAGGAGACGAUAUCCCCCCAACCCUUGGCCCCAUUUCCAACUGGACCGAGCUGGAAGAGCGCAGGAGGGUCUUUUGGGGUGCGUUUGCAAUCGAUGCUCACGCAAACAUGGCAACGGGUUGGGCCAAUAUGAUCAAGUCUGAAGAUGUAAUGACACGCCUUCCAUCUUCCGAGGAAGCAUUCAUGUCAGGACGAGAAGAGAAAACAGUCUUUUUGGAGGAAGUAUUUACAGGAGCUUCUUUUGAGAGCUUCUCCGGUGCUAUCGUCAUAUGUGAGGUCUUCAAGACCAUCCUGAGGCAUGUUCACGGGGCGAAACCUUCCGAUCACCCUGAGGACUUGAUGAACGGCGCAUACUGGAAGCGCCAUCGUGAUCUCGACAACAAGCUUUCAAGUCUCUUCAUGUUUCUGCCCGAGAAGUUUCGCCUACCACAAAGAUCUCAGGACCCAGCAGCAGUGCAUACAAAUUUGAACUUGCACGCUUCUGUAAUAUGUCUACAUCACGCUGCCAUUGAGACAGCAGAAAAAUUCGGAUUCAACGAGUCUAUCAAGCAGAACAGCAUGUGUAGGUUGAGGACUUCUGCUGAAGAAAUUGUCAGCAUUAUUAAGAUGACAUCGCACCAAGCCUCAAUUUUCAAAACGCAACUCUGUGCACUCUCAUUGUAUUGUGCUACGACGGUAUAUGUAUAUUUGGCCAAGGAUGACCCUGUCUCCGGUGUGACUCCCAUCGACGUUUCCAACCUGGAGAUUAUUAUAAACGCAAUGGAAGCCAUUGGCCGCUUGCACCAGGUCACAACCGCCUUUCUCCAGCAAGCGUGUCUCGAUAUUGAGCGUAAUGGUCUGACAUCCUGCCUACGGCUUCCGUCUCUCUCAAAAUAUCGCGACCUCUUUGGCGGUCCAGCAUCCAAUAUCCCCCGACUAGCUCGGAGUUCAGUAUCGCAACACACUGAGAUGUCCUCGCCAAUGAGUAAGCCACUUGCCUCCCUGACAGGCAUCCAACCAGAGUUAAACCACACAACAGAUUGCUUCAAUGCUAUCCUCGGCGCAGUUACCCGAAACGUGGCUCCCAAAACGUUUGACCCUGUCAACAAUAAGAGGAAGCGGGUAGCUGUAAGCCCGGGGCCCGACGCAGGUAUAACGACCAUCCCCAGGACUUCUGGGAUUGCAGAAGGAGAGUUCCGCUUCAGCAUCAGCAAGGGAGCUCUGGAUACCCCUGCAAACCGCGCCUGUGGGAAUCUAUUUCCUGGGGAAGUAGAUAUGAAUACGAAUACUCAAGCCGUUGACCCGAUUUUUGUGCUCCCAGACCGCACCAACUCAUCAGCAUCAUCCCCAAUACAACGCGGAGCCGGAACAGAGCCUUUUUCGGCAAGCAGCCACACUUCACCCAGCUUAGGUCUUGGUAAUACUCCCGAGGAGAAUAGGAUAGACCUUCGGCAGUUUCAAGGGCGCAUUUCAACGCCACUUUGGCACAGCACAGAAGAAGGACUUUUCAACCACAUCACAGAGACAAUUGCACAGUACUCGGGGGACGGGAAUGAUCCUUGGGCAGUGGCAAAGGGGAGAAGAAUUGAAAACAUGCUUGCAUACAUUGUCGGCUUAUUGGCAAUUCUGCUUUUCGUCUCGAACCCCAUCACCCAGUAUUUCCUGCCGCAAAGCUCUCGCGCGAGGAAUUCGUUGUCACCGAGGCCGCAGCUGAACGAGUCUCUGCUGGCGAUAGAUGGGGCGAAUGCGACUGUGCCGAGUUGCCCGGCUGACGCGUACGGGGCGCGGAUUUUGAGCAGGGAGCCGUUAGUGGUGUAUUUGGAGGGGUUUUUGAGUGAGAGUGAGAGGAAGCAUUUGCUUGAGAUUAGCGAGCCUAUCUUUGAGCCGUCAACCAUUACUCAUGAUUCCAGCGCUACGCAUCGGGACACUGCCGUUCGAGACUCUUCUGUUGCAGUCUUGCCCCGGACGGACAUUGUUCGCUGCAUCGAGGCUCGCGCAAGAGCAUUUCAAGGUUGGCGGCGAGACCUCUGGAUAGAGCGAUUGCGAACACAACGAUAUGUCGCUGGCGGGCAUUACAACCACCAUUUUGACUGGAGCGGCAAUGCUGAUGGAUGGGGUCGAGUGAGCAGUUUCAUGGCUUGGAUUGAUGCGUCAGACGAGUUAGAAGGUGGAGGAACGGAGUUCCCGCUGUUAGAAACUACAAUGGGUGGUGAUGCACCGAAGUGGUGUGAUUUGAUCGAGUGUAAAAGCGAAAAGGCUGGGGAUGGAGAUGGCCAAGGAGAGCAGAAGAGACUCAGUGACGAUAUUAAAGCAGAGGGAGAAGAUGUAGAAGGAAAGGGGACCACGUUCAAAGUUGUUCCUGGAAAUGCGGUAUACUGGGAGAAUUUCGCGCCGGAUGGGAGGGGGUAUGAUGAGACCUGGCACGCUGGCUUGCCUGUGAAGAAGGGAGUCAAAGUCGGGCUGAACAUUUGGAGUUUUGGACGGAUA